GCAGAAUUAAGUGUCUCUUCGCAGUACCCGCCGUUUGAGUGAAUUCCGCGGUUUUCUUCUCGCCAUGGAUGACGCGCAUGCCAAAACCGUGUCUGAAGUAUGCGAGUUCUUCCGACUCGACCCCGAGAAGGGCCUCACAGAAUCCCAGGUCACUUCUUACCAAGAAAAAUAUGGAUUCAACGAGAUGCCUACGGAAGAAGGGAAGCAGUUGUGGCAGUUGAUCCUGGAGCAGUUCGAUGACUUGCUCGUCAAGAUCUUGCUGCUUGCGGCUAUCAUCUCCUUCGUGUUGGCGCUGUUCGAGGAUCACGACGACAUGGUGACGGCGUUCGUGGAGCCAUUCGUGAUCCUGCUGAUCUUGAUCGCAAACGCCGUCGUGGGCGUGUGGCAGGAAAGAAAUGCCGAAUCUGCAAUUGAAGCGUUGAAAGAAUAUGAACCAGAGAUGGGGAAGGUUGUUCGGCAGGACAAGGCCGGCGUGCAGAAAAUCCGCGCCAGGGAAAUCACCUGCGGAGAUAUCGUUGAGAUCUCAGUCGGUGACAAGAUCCCGGCGGAUUUGCGCAUCAUCAAGAUCUACUCCACGACGUUGAGGAUCGACCAGUCCAUCCUGACGGGAGAAUCAGUCUCGGUCAUCAAGCACACAGAUGCGAUCCCUGACAUGAAGGCCGUGAACCAGGACAAGAAGAACAUCCUUUUCUCCGGCACCAAUGUGUCUGCAGGGAAAGCCAGGGGUGUUGUGAUGGCCAUUGGUUUGGACACUGCUAUUGGUAAAAUCAGAACCGAAAUGACUGAGACCGAAGAGAUGAAGACCCCGUUGCAACAGAAGUUGGAUGAAUUCGGUGAGCAGUUGUCCAAGGUGAUCUCCGUCAUUUGCGUUGCUGUCUGGGCCAUCAAUAUUGGGCACUUCAAUGACCCCAUGCACGGAGGGUCCUGGAUGAAGGGAGCUAUCUACUACUUCAAGAUCGCUGUUGCCCUGGCUGUGGCUGCCAUUCCUGAAGGUUUGCCAGCUGUCAUCACAACCUGCUUAGCACUGGGUACCCGCCGUAUGGCCAAGAAGAACGCCAUUGUCCGAUCUCUGCCCUCGGUCGAGACCCUGGGUUGCACCUCCGUCAUCUGCUCUGACAAGACUGGCACCUUGACCACCAACCAGAUGUCCGUUUCCCGAAUGUUCGUGUUCGACAAAGUUGAAGGCAACGAUUCCAGCUUCCUGGAGUUCGAAAUUACUGGAUCCACUUAUGAACCCAUCGGUGAAGUCUUCUUGAAGAACCAGAAAGUCAAGGGCUCCGAUUUUGACUGUCUCCAUGAACUGGCCACCAUCUGCGUCAUGUGCAACGAUUCCUCCAUUGAUUUCAACGAGGUUAAGAAAGUCUUUGAAAAGGUCGGUGAGGCCACAGAAACCGCAUUGACUGUGCUAGGAGAGAAGAUGAACCCCUACAACCUUAACAAAGUUGGGCUUAACCGACGUGACGCUGCCAUUUGUGUCAAGCAGGACAUGGAGAGCAAGUGGAAGAAGGAAUUCACCCUGGAAUUCUCCCGAGACCGAAAGUCCAUGUCUGUGUACGUGGUUCCUCUGAAGCCGACCCGCCUGGGAACUUCCCCGAAGAUGUUUGCCAAGGGUGCGCCAGAAGGCGUGUUGGAACGAUGCACACAUGUACGAGUUGGCACCACCAAGGUACCCAUGACUGCUGCCCUGAAGGCCAAGAUCCUGGAAUUGACCAAACAGUACGGAACUGGAAGAGACACCCUUAGGUGCCUUGCCUUGGCCACUGUCGACAAUCCAGUUAAGCCUGAGGACAUGAACCUCGAAGACUCGACGAAGUUCUAUCAGUAUGAAGUGAACAUGACCUUUGUUGGAGUUGUCGGCAUGUUGGAUCCCCCAAGGAAGGAAGUUUUUGAUUCUAUUGUUAAGUGCAGAGCUGCUGGCAUCCGAGUUAUUGUCAUCACUGGAGACAACAAGGGAACCGCCGAAGCCAUUUGCAGGAGGAUUGGCGUUUUCGGAGAAGAUGAAGACACGACUGGAAUGAGCUACUCCGGCAGGGAAUUCGAUGAAUUGUCACCUAGUGAUCAGAGGGCCGCUUGCUCCAGGUCCAGGCUCUUUUCCCGAGUGGAACCUGCACACAAGUCGAAGAUUGUUGAAUACCUGCAAAGCAUGAAUGAAAUUACUGCCAUGACUGGAGAUGGUGUCAACGACGCCCCUGCUCUGAAGAAGGCCGAGAUCGGUAUUGCCAUGGGUUCUGGAACUGCUGUGGCCAAGUCCGCGUCAGAAAUGGUGUUGGCUGAUGAUAACUUCUCAUCCAUUGUCGAGGCUGUGGAAGAAGGCCGAGCCAUCUACAACAACAUGAAGCAGUUUAUCCGUUACCUCAUUUCCUCCAACAUCGGUGAAGUUGUGUGCAUUUUCCUGACUGCCGCUCUUGGUAUGCCCGAGGCCUUGAUCCCAGUCCAGCUUCUGUGGGUGAACUUGGUCACUGAUGGACUCCCAGCCACAGCUCUUGGCUUCAACCCACCGGACUUGGACAUCAUGACCAAGCCACCACGACGAGCUGAUGAAGGCCUUAUUUCUGGAUGGUUGUACAUGGCUAUUGGUGGAUAUGUCGGUGCAGGAACUGUUGGGGCCUCUGCCUGGUGGUACAUGUAUGCACCAAAUGGGCCACACAUGACUUAUUACCAACUCACACACCAUCUGCAAUGCCUCACUGACACGGAGUCCUUCAAGGGCAUUGAUUGCAGCGUCUUCGGAGACCCUCACCCAAUGACCAUGGCUUUGUCUGUCUUGGUCACCAUUGAGAUGUGCAACGCCUUGAACAGCUUGUCUGAGAACCAGUCCCUUGUGUUGAUGCCCCCAUGGCAAAACUUCUGGCUCGUGUCUGCCAUCUCCCUGUCUAUGACUCUCCACUUCAUGAUCCUGCACAUUGAGAUCUUGUCGAGUGUGUUCCAGAUCACGCCCUUGUCCGUCACGGAAUGGAUGGCUGUGAUGAAGAUCAGUUUGCCGGUGCUGUUGCUGGACGAGUCGCUCAAGUUCGUGGCCCGGAAGUUCUCCGACGGUGAGGCCUUCGUCGUCGCCGAGCACGCCCUCAACUCCAUCCGUAUCGUCCAUCGAACCCGGAAACGCUCCAGCCUGUUGAUUUUCCUCGCCUCGUCUUUCCUCUUCCUCGCCCUCUGGCUCCUCUAUACCCUGGUCGCCUACUUCUCCCUCAUCGCCUGCUUCGACGGCUCUUUGUCCCCGGAACUACAGAACUACUGUCCCUUCCACUAACUACAGGAUCUCCCUUCGCGCAAAUUUUAAAAGGCUGCUCGAUCAAAACUUAGUCAGGGACCUGGUCCUGUGUGCGUGGGCAUGGCAGUGCGAUUAACCGCGUCGCGGCUGUGUGCAUCCAUUCCUCUAUCCCGCAAAAUUCCACCCGAAGUGCCCUCGUGGUCUCACUUGGCAAACCGGUCUACCUCGGCCUUUUAAGGCUCUAUCACGGAGGGAACUCUCUGGGUUUGCCGUGAGAUGUAGACCCAAACAAGGUCUUGUUUAAUGGUUUGACUUGUCGUUUUUUGUGGGGUGGGGGGGGACGCUUGUGAAGACCUUGUUUGGAUUCUGAGGGUAAUUCUUAUGGGUCUUCAGUUUCCUUCGUUUUUUCUCCGUCUUGCAGCCAGUGUUUCCAAAGGAGCGGAAAAAUACAUUAUUUCAGAAUUAUGUGAUUGUA